AUGCUUAGAAUUCCAUUGGGAUUAGUCAGUAUAACAAGACCGGCGACGAAUACCGCCCUGUUCAAUAAUACAAUCCGUUUCAAUGCAUUUUUGCCUAGAAAAUUAGGGAACUCUCCUAAACCAGUAUCAUUAGCAGUUAUAUUUCCCUCAAUCUCGAAGUAUGCAAGAGAAGGUUUCCAACCUCGUAGAAUUUUUUCGUUAAUGUCAUCUAAUUACUGUUCGUGUCCACAUCAAUUUCUAUCCAAUUCGAUGAGCUUGUCUUCCAAGUUAAUCAGUAAAAGAGCCUUCCAUUCAACACGGCAUGCUGAAAUAAAGUUCAGUUUUUUCUCGAGGUCACAUAGGAACAAUAACAAGCCAUUCGUGAAAGUAUACAAAGUAUCUCCAUUUUUUAUCCUCUUUGCAACUGCGAGUAUUUUCACUUUCAUCUUAACAUCGACAAUUAUUGUUAUUCCCUUUAUCUUCCAUUUUUUUUUCCCUCUUCUUAUUAUGCUUGUUUUCUUCAAACAGUUUAAAAAAUGGCAAAAUAACACCUUUUACAAGGAUAUCUUGAUCUCUUUACCCAAAACAGAAUUAAAGAUAACGGUACCUACUAUGAGAUCACUACAAUUGCAACCUAUGAUUCAGAGUUGGAGGGAAAUUUCCUCGCGAAUGGGAAUUCCUAAUGAAUUUGCCAAAGGUCUUAAUGUUGAUUUAGAGAAGCAAGAUGAAACCAGAAAGCAGUUUCUGAGUUUUUUACAAAAAAGAGUACUAGAAUCCUUUACGAAGAACGAAAUGGGAAUAAGAUCAUACUUUUUAGGUGACCGUGUUGAGAAGUGGAUCGAGGAAUCUUAUGACCUAGAACUCGAUAUUGAUAAUUGCCGGAGCGAACUGAGAAAGUUUCAAAACUUUGUAUUCUCCAGUGUUCGGUACCGAUUGUACCUAGAUUCAAUAAAAAAAUUGCCUUUGAAUCCUUCAAAAAAAUUUGAGGGCAAGAAGCACAUUGCUGAUGUCUAUGUAAUCAUUUUAGAUGAGUCAUUUCCUGAAAUAAUGUUCAGUGGUGAAGGCUAUUCAAAAGCCGAUUUUUUCAAGAUAUUACGGGAAAGCGAAACUGCCAAUAGCAGUAAAAUGCUUAAUAUGAUUAUUGCCAUCAAAAGUGUUAAUCCGCUAUCAAGUCACUUUGUUAUUACAGCAAACGGUGAUUCUGGUAACUUCUUUUCGAAAUAUCACAUUACAAAAAUAGAUGGCAAAAACACCGAGUAUACCUUAAGAGAAUAG